UUACACCAUUGAGGAGGGCACAACUUCUUCCAAUGACAUCAAUGAUGGGGCACAGUUCCUCCCAGUGAAACAAAUGAUAGGGUCCAAUGACAUGAAUGACGGGGCACAAUUCUUCCCAGUGACACAAAUGAUAGUGUCCAAUGACAUCAAUGAUGAGGCACAGUUCCUCCCAGUGACACAAAUGAUAGGGUCCAAUGACAUCAAUGAUGGGGCACAGUUCUUCCCAGUGACACAAAUCAUAGGGUCCAAUGACAUCAAUGAUGGGGCACAAUUCCUCCCAGCAACACAAGUGAUAGGGUCCAAUGAC